UCUGAUACAAGAAAGUAAGAUGGAACAAACAAAGAAGGCAAUGGAAGAAGAGUCCAGUCUUGUGUCUAGAGUAUAUGUAGAUCUAUGUGAAGCAAGAGGAUGGUGGAAUGUAAAAGUUCACAAUAAAGCAGACCAGUCAUUUAUAUCUGGACAUCCUAAUCGACACGAACCUGGACAACUUGUUUUACCCAUAUCUAGCCAUCAGAUGGUAUCACCAAUGCAGAUUCAGCAGUACAUUCAUACAAUUCAAUUAGAAGAUUAUAAAACAGAAGGGUUAACUUUGGCUAUUUGUGAACCUGAUACAACUACCGUGUAUUAUAAGAUAUCUGAUGGACUUGUUCAGCCUGAAUCACCAGAGAUUACAGAUGUCAAGAAAUGUCAACGGUAUCAAAUAUUCCAAAAAAGGAAAGCGGACUUAGAUACAAGUGUACAGUUGUACACCAACAGAUUGAAAAGAAAACAAGAAGAAGGAUGACAAGUGUUACAGUCAGUACAUGGGGAACUACAGUACACCAACAAAUCAUUACCGUAUCCUCAAGAAAUAAACAUUUGUUUAAUCUGGCCCAAGGAGCAUUCUGACAUUCUGACCUAGAUAUACACUGAUCAAAUAAGAUAGUUUUAUCUUGAAACAUUAAUAAUAAUAAAUCAUCCUAUUUUUG